CGUCGCUGGUUGAUCACUAAAGUCAAGUUAUCUCUUAAAGUGACACAUUUUCAAAUACUGUGUUGUAUUUAAACUUCAAGAAACACUGAGAAGACCAGGCCAGUACUUGUUCUAAUGGCAAUUUCUACUAUAACAGUAUGUGACACUGGAUACUACGGUCCAAAUUGCUCCCUGUCUUGUCGAUACCCAAGUUAUGGAGCUGACUGUCAGACUGAAUGCAAAUGUGUGCAGGAUCUGUGUAAUCAUAUAUCAGGAUGCGAUUACGACAGGGGAGACCAUGGUUCAGGUAUGGAUAUCCUCAUCGUUGCUGUGACAGUGGGUGGAAUUUUCAUCAUUAUUGGAGCCUUUGUUGUUAUUUCUAUUGCUAACAGGAAGUUUUUCACCAGACAUGUACGGAAAAACGCCCAUUAUGUUGCAUCUGUGGUGGCAGAACAAUCUGACAACACAUACAAUAGUCUUGCACAUCAUAGAACGGCCUGCCCAAACAACAUCACCAUGGGAACCGAUAAUGGAAUAUAUGCGUUAGCGAAUACCAUGAGAUACGAAACUAUCAAUGCACAAUGACAAUCAAAUAGUUCACUUAGUUACCUUGAUAGUAAAUGCUUGCAAUAGCAAAGACAUGUAAUUUUGUAUGACAAAAUAUGUUACUAAGAUUAGACCACAUAUUUCUUUCUGGGCCGUUUUUAUUACUGAAGUGACUGAAGAUUAACAAAGAUCAAUCACAUCUAAUUAAAGUUUGCACAAAGAAGUAAAAUUCCUAUCCGUUUUGGUCAAUACGAAAAAAAACAACAAUAAUCACCAAAUCAAAAACAGCACUACUCUCGAAUGCAGAUCCUUUGAAAAACCUAAUCUGUAAUUUAGAAUUACAGUCUACUCCACUUAUACUGAAGUCACUUAUAUUGAACUAUAUGUUAUGUUGAAGUCACUUAUCUUGAACUAUCUGUUACAUUGAAGUCACUUAUAUUGAGUUAUCUGUUACAUUGGAGUCACUUAUAUUGAACUAUCUGUUACAUUGAAGUCACUUAUAUUGAGUUAUCUGUU